AUGGCGCAAGUUAUCCCACAGACGGCGAGGCAGUGGAACGUCACUGCCCAAGACGGCAAAGACGGCUUCAACGCCCUGAAGCUUUCCGACGUCGCACUACCUGAGCUCGGCGCCAGUCAGGUCCUUGUCAAGCUCCACGCCGCAUCCCUCAACUACCGCGACCUCAUCAUCCCCCUCGGCAAGUAUCCGUUUGCGACGAGCGACAACGUCAUCCCCGGGUCUGAUGGCGCAGGCACCGUCAUCGCCAUCGGGUCGCAGGUGUCCCGUUUCAAGCCCGGCGACAAGGUCGUGACCCUGUUCAACCAGGAGCACAUCGGCGGCCCGCUGACCGCUGCGGCCGCCGGCUCCGGUCUCGGGGGCGCCAUCGACGGCACGCUGCGCUCCGUCGGGGCCUUCAACGAGCAGGGGCUGGUGCAUCAACCGGCGGGCCUGUCAGCCGUCGAGGCCGCGACGCUGCCCUGCGCGGGGCUGACGGCGUGGAACGCGCUGCACGGCCUCGCCGACAACCGCGUGACGGCCGGCCAGUGGGUGCUCACGCAGGGCUCCGGCGGCGUGAGCGUCUUUGCGCUCCAGUUCGCCAAGGCGGCGGGCGCGCGCGUCAUUGCCACGACGAGCUCGCCCGGCAAGGCCGCAGCGCUGCGGGCCCUCGGCGCCGACUACGUGAUUGACUCGAAGCAGAACCCCGACUGGGGCGCCGAGGCGAGGAAGAUCACCGGCGGCGUCGGCGUCGACCACGUCGUGGAGGUCGUGGGCCCCAGGUCCAUGGCGCAGGGGCUCAGGGCGAUCAGGGUCGGCGGCGUCAUCAGCAUCGUCGGCUUCGUCGGCGGCGGCGACGCCGACGACGAGCCGAGCUUCCUCGACUGCCUGACCAACCUGUGCACGGCCCGCGGCCUCAUGGUCGGCAGCCGCGCGCAGAUGGAGGACAUGUGCCGCGCCAUCGAGGCGAACCCGGACGCGCUGCGGCCGGUGGUGGACAAGAAGCGGUUCAAGCUGGAGGACGUCAAGGAGGCGUACGAGUAUCAGUGGUCUGGCAAGCACUUUGGCAAGGUGUGCGUUGAGAUUUCCUGA